AGUUAGUUUUUUAGACUCCCGAUACCGGAGAAGAAUUACCAUUAAAAGGCAUUCUGAAGAAAACAUUUUGUUGUUCAUAUCGGGACACUCGAAUAAAAAUAAAAUACAAAUUCCAAUUUGAGGAUUAUUGUUUCCAUUGGACUUCCAUUUCAAUUUGGAUUUUAAUAUUUCUCUCUUCCGAUUGCAUUGAACAGGCAUAAAGUUAGUGUCAUCAUGAAGUUGACAGGAAUAUUUUUACUCUUGAUGCUCUGGAACUGCGAGAGCGCACGAGUUGCAGAGAGUCGGGACGACAACAGUGUGUACGACCUGUUUGAACUGGUCCAAGUCCCCAAGAAAAACCACGGGGUCACCCUCGUGAAGGGCGACGAUCCAUACAGCCCCGCCUACAAGAUCCUCAACCCAGACCUGAUCCCCCCGGUACCCGAGAACUCCUUCAGGGACCUCAUCGAUUCCAUCCACGAGGAGAGGGGGUUCCUCUUGCUGCUGAACUUCAAGCAGUUCAAGAGGACAAGAGGAAGCCUCCUUACCGUGGAGAAGCUGGACGGUUCCGGCCCCGUUUUCGAGAUUAUUUCCAACGGGAAGGCUAACACCUUGGAUGUGGUUUUCUCCACCGAGAACAAGCAGCAGGUGGUUUCCAUUGAGGACGUGGACUUGGCGACGGGGCACUGGAAGAACAUCACUCUGUUCGUGCAAGAGGACCGCGCGCAGCUCUACGUUGGGUGCGAGGAGGUCAACACCGCCGAGCUGGACGCUCCGGUCCAGAGCAUCCUCACUCAUGAGAUAUCAACCAGCGCGCGCCUCCGCAUUGGCAAGGGAGCAGUGAAAGACCGAUUUAUGGGAGUGCUUCAAAACGUACGCUUUGUGUUUGGAACGACCCUUGAUGCCAUUCUGCGCAACAAAGGAUGCCAAAACUCAAUCAUGACUGAUACCAUCACUCUGGACAACCCCAUCAAUGGAUCCAGCCCCGCUAUUAGAACCGAUUACACAGGCCACAAAACCAAAGACCUGCAGAUGAUCUGUGGUUUCUCCUGUGAGGACCUGGCCAGCAUGUUCAAGGAGCUGAGGGGCCUGGGGGUGGUGGUGAAGGAGCUCUCUAACGAACUGCGCAAAGUGACGGAUGAGAACAAGCUGCUGAUGAACCGCGUCGGCAUCCACAGUGGCGUCUGUCUGCACAAUGGCAUCGUCCACAAGAACAAGGAUGAGUGGACCGUCGAUGACUGCACGGAGUGCACUUGUCAGAACUCCGCCACGGUGUGCCGCAAGAUCUCCUGCCCUCUGAUCCCCUGUGCCAACGCCACCGUGCCCGAUGGGGAGUGCUGCCCUCGCUGUGGAACACCGAGUGACUACGCGGAGGACGGCUGGUCCCCCUGGUCUGAAUGGACCCACUGUUCUGUGUCGUGUGGGCGGGGCAUCCAGCAGCGAGGUCGCUCCUGCGACCGCAUCAACAACAACUGCGAGGGCACGUCGGUGCAGACCCGCGACUGCUACCUCCAGGAGUGCGACAAACGCUUCAAGCAGGACGGCAGCUGGAGCCACUGGUCGCCCUGGUCCUCCUGCUCGGUGACCUGCGGCGCGGGCGUCAUCACCCGGAUCCGCCUUUGCAACUCCCCCACGCCCCAGCUGGGUGGCCAGGACUGCCAGGGCGAGGGACGCCAGACCGAGAAGUGCCAGAAGUCUCCGUGCCCCAUCAAUGGCAACUGGGGACCCUGGUCACCGUGGGAUACCUGCUCUGUCACCUGCGGGGGAGGGGCCCAAACUCGUAAGCGUCUGUGUAACAACCCUGUGCCCAAAUAUGGUGGAAAGGAGUGUAUGGGUGAAGCCAAAGACUCACAGCUAUGCAACAAGAACAGUUGUCCCAUCGACGGAUGCCUGUCUAAUCCCUGCUUUGCCGGAGCCAAGUGCACCAGCUUCCCUGAUGGGACCUGGAAAUGUGGGAAGUGCCCAACUGGGUACUCAGGAAACGGCAUCAAAUGCAAGGACAUCGACGAGUGCAAAGAAGUGCCUGACGCUUGCUUUGAGUUCAACGGUGUGCACAGGUGUGAGAAUACAGACCCUGGCUACAACUGUCUGCCCUGCCCAACCCGCUUCUCCGGUCCUCAGCCCUUCGGCAAAGGCGUGGAGGAGGCAGCCGCCAAGAAGCAGGUGUGCGCGCCACGUAACCCCUGUCUGGACGGGAGCCACGACUGCAACAAGAACGCCCGCUGCAACUACCUGGGCCACUUCGCUGACCCCAUGUUCCGCUGCGAGUGCAAGCCUGGCUACGCCGGGAACGGGCACAUCUGUGGGGAGGACACGGACCUGGACGGCUGGCCCAACUCAGACCUGGUCUGUGUGGAGAACGCCACCUACCACUGCAAAAAGGACAACUGUCCCAACCUUCCCAACUCUGGCCAGGAAGACUACGACAAGGAUGGCAUUGGUGACGCUUGUGACAACGACGAUGACAAUGAUGGUAUCCCUGACGACAGGGACAACUGCCCGUUCAUCUACAACCCCAGGCAGUUUGAUUACGACCGUGACGAUGUUGGUGACCGCUGCGAUAACUGCCCGUACAACAGCAACCCAGACCAGACAGACACUGACAGCAAUGGAGAAGGAGACGCCUGCUCGCUGGACAUCGAUGGAGACGGAAUUCUGAACGAGAAGGACAACUGCCCCUAUGUGUAUAACGUCGACCAGAGGGACACAGACCUGGAUGGCGUGGGUGACAUGUGUGACAACUGCCCUCUGGAGCAUAAUCCUGACCAGGUGGACUCUGAUGACGAUCGCGUGGGAGACAAGUGCGACAGCAACCAGGACAUCGACGAGGAUGGCCACCAGAACAACCUGGACAACUGCCCCUACAUCCCCAACGCCAACCAGGCCGACCACGACAAGGACGGGAAAGGAGACGUCUGCGACCAUGACGACGACAACGACGGUAUCCCUGACGACAAAGACAACUGCAGACUGGCCUUUAACCCUGACCAGCUGGACUCUGAUGGUGAUGGUCGCGGCGAUGCCUGCAAGGAUGACUUCGACCAAGACAACGUGCCUGACAUCUACGACGUUUGUCCUGAGAACUUUGACAUCAGCGAGACAGACUUCAGAAAGUUCCAGAUGGUUCCUUUGGACCCCAAAGGCACCUCACAGAUCGACCCCAACUGGGUGGUCCGCCACCAGGGCAAAGAACUGGUGCAGACAGUCAACUGCGACCCUGGCAUUGCUGUUGGUUUUGAUGAGUUCAACUCUGUGGACUUCAGCGGGACGUUCUUCAUUAACACGGAGAGGGACGAUGACUAUGCCGGCUUCGUGUUUGGAUACCAGUCAAGCUCCAGGUUCUACGUGGUAAUGUGGAAGCAGAUCACCCAGACCUACUGGUCCAACAAGCCCACCAAGGCCCAGGGUUACUCAGGCCUGUCCAUCAAGAUGGUUAACUCCACCACAGGACCGGGAGAGCACCUGAGGAACGCCCUGUGGCACACAGGGAACACACCUGGACAGGUGAAAACUCUGUGGCACGACCCAAAGAACAUUGGAUGGAAAGACUUUACUGCCUACAGAUGGCAUCUAAUCCACAGACCAAGAACAGGACACAUCAGAGUGGUGAUGUAUGAGGGCAAGAAGAUCAUGGCUGACUCUGGAAGUAUCUACGAUAAGACGUAUGCUGGUGGACGGCUAGGUCUUUUUGUCUUCUCUCAGGAGAUGGUAUACUUCUCAGACCUCAAGUAUGAAUGCAGAGAUGCAUAAAUACACGGAGCAGGAAGCUCUGAGAAAAAUGCACCUUUCUGUACAAACAUGAACUCACGUAUUCUUGAUGCCCAGGGACCUUUUUCUCUCCCUUUUUACGCUUUCAACUUUUCUGUGUCACGCACACGGCCUGGCGAUGGUGUGCAGUCUGCCUCAGGGGAACUUGAUGCUGGUUUGGACAGAGAACCAGCUGACUGCCAGUGGAGAUUCAGAUAGACUCCCCUCCACUCUCAUCCGAGCAGAGUAGGUAUCGCUGAGGAAUCGGCCCCCUUUCUCUUACCCUGAGCCAGCGUCUUCUCUGUCGCUCCCUGUUUCUCUUUGAAAGACCUCAUUCAGUUCUUCGCUGGAUCGGCUCCCCAUAGAAAACUAGACAACUAUGCACUUCCCAACCUCAACGUCUCUUUCUUUCUCUCCAUCUCUCUCUCACAAACUGCCUUUCUUUCAUGUUCUGGAUGGGCGUCCCAAAGAAAAGAUUGAUCAUUUUCCCUCCUUAAAAAAACCCAACCAGAUCUACCGGGCUGUAUAUUGUGAAUGACAUGACCCUAAGUUUGCUCUGAAACUGCAGAAAGCAUAUUUUUUCACUUGUAUGUUUUGUUAGGAGAACUCCUGACUCAGUGGCAGUUGAGUUACCACAAGUUAUGGAGGGCUGAUAACUCGAUGUAUGUCUUCAUUUUUGUGUAAAUAAGAACGUAAAAAACUGCUUUGCUAUAACCAAUUUACAGUAUAUUUGCUGUUAAAAGUAAUUUUUGAGAAGUGUUGCAGAGACAAAAGAAAACAAAAAAACGAAAUUAAAAU